AUGGCUAGGACACAACGUUCGAUACAAGCGUUUGCUCGCAUAUCCAAGCCCAGCGGUGAUGCCACUGGUCUGCUGAAGCGUAAACAAACAGCCGACGAAGAGCCUUUCGAAAAGGCUGCAAAGAAAACAAAAUUCGAGCCCGUAAAUCCACUGGGCACGCCAAAAAAGGUUAUCAAGCAAGUUCUCUCCAAUCUCAAGCUCUCGACGUCCUCUCCGUCGGCGUUGAGAAGCUCAAAGAGGAAGCGAGCUGCGAGUCCUGAAAUCGAUUCCCUCCCAACACCUGUUUCCAACAACGAUGUAGACGACGAGAGUGAGAACGAAUUUCCAGAAGAGCUUGAGGACAUCAAGAGCCUACAACGAUCGUUUCUGAAAGCGCUUUCCCUACACUAUGCUCACAACGGCUGUGCAAGCCCAGUGGACAUACGGUUGCUCUCACCCGUCAUCACCAAGACUUGGGGGAAACGAAAAGUUCUGCUAGAAGACAUUCGAACCUGCCUGGGCAUCUUGCAUGGCGAAAGUGGCGUGCUCGGUACUACCUUUACACUCUCAAAUUAUGGCAAUGGCAAGAUCUGUCUAGAGAUGGAGUCGCGUCAGCGUAAGCGUGGUGUUCUAGCCCAAGCGUUCGACGAAGCGGAACUCAACGUAGCCUUUGACAAGCAACUGGAGGGCGCAUGGGAAAUUUGGCCACAAAAGAACGAAGUCGAGAAAUUUAUACACACUCUCCCUCGCGCGCAAAUACUAGAAUGCUCAUCAUACACGAAAUUGAAGCCCUCGCUCGCGAAAGGUCAGCAGAGACUCGAGCAGGUGCUGAAACCGCGGUCGGAAAACGUCAUUCCAGCCUCGGAGCGACCACAGUACCGUCAAUUUCAGGCAUGUGAGAAGCAAGCGACAGUCCAAGUCGAAGUCGAAGACGAAGACGAAAAAGCUUUAGUAGAACGAAAAGAUAAGGAGAACACAACUCCCCCACCACCAACAGCGAACUUUCGCGCUCUGUCUUUACUAGACCGCAUACAAAAGAAACAGGAGCUGCAAGCAGCAAGCCUCGCUACUCGCCCCACCCAAGCAGAGUUGGAUCGAUCGGCGGCUCUGCAGCGAUCAGAAGAAAUGAUUCAAAUACUCGAGUUACUCGCAACGACAAAAGGACCGGGUCUCCGUGCCUCGUUCCCGCUUCCAGCCUUAAUUAGAAGCAUUCAAAGCUCGUUGAAAAGUCCAAUGAGUCCGGAGGAGAUCGAGCGGUGUAUCUCGGUCAUUGGGAGGGAGGUAGCUCCUGGUUAUGUGGAGAAAAAGGAAUUUGGCAGCAUGAAGGGUGUGGUUGUCAACAGAAUGUUCAAGCCAUCCGCUGAGAAAAUCCGCGCUCUGGCAGAGGCCUCGUAG